GAGAAACAGUCGGCCAUGGAAAUGGGAUUUAAUUUGGAAAAUGUACAUUAUUCAAACUUUGGUCGAGUGCAUACAGAGUUGAAACACUUAGGAGAUUUUUGCUAAAACUUUGAGGUCUUUCUAUAUGCGUGGAUGGAUUCUAAGGGAGGAACACAUGUGCAUUAAUUCAUUUGUUUUCGCAAACAAUCUCCUCUGUUGUUCUCAAAGCAUUUUGUCCUCCUCGCCGCAAAACGCUGCCAAACUACUUCUGUGGUUAAAUGGGGGCAUUGUAGCUUGUUUUCAGGGGGUAGAAGCAACUACGGAAGAAGAAGAAGAAGAAGAAGAAGAAAAGUGUGGACUAUCCAUCAAUGAACAGAGAAAAGAAAAGUGGGAGGACAGGCAAAUCAAUGGCUGAAAGGGAGACGGGGAGAAAAGCGUCUGUUUACAGGAGCAUCUCUUUCAAAAAGUUGGAGAGCUGGAGCGCAAAGAAGCGCAGAUCAUUUGGAGAGGAUUUGGAGAGGUGCGGUGCCCUUCCCCCAGACGCCGCAGAGGCGAUGCGCACUGUUACUGUAUCCAGAAAAGUUUCCAAAAUCUCCGCGGCCGGUCUCCCGACCGCAGACCUAACAAAAGCCUGUCAUGGAAGCUCUCCUUCUGUGCGCGAGCUUUCUGAAAAGUUCCUUUUGAGCUCCUCAGGAAACACAACUUCGAUCGUUAAACGUGCCGACGAUUCGUCUUUGCAUGACAGUGGCUGCAAGGAGUUUUUGGAGCCCACGACAGAGAAACUGAAGGAUAAUAACAGAUAUUGUUCAACUCAAGAGUCGUUGUCAGGCUCAGAUUCGGACAGAGGAGAAAAACGCACGAUUCGCACUAGAGCUGGGAGCCCAAUAUGCAAAUCUCAUCGCAGUUAUCACCCUUCCUAUGGAGAGACCAUUCAUGUUGAUGCUAACUGGCCAAGUGUUACUAAGAUUAGAGAAUUAUUUGGGGAUGGACGUAGAAAGCAGCAUAGGUCAACUUCAGACGCUGAUGACUUGAAAUCUGCCUGUCAACACUUCCAGCAUUAUUUUGAUGCUAAAGACAGCACCUUGAGCUCAGAUAAAAGUGUCACACAGCCCUCACACCUGCAAACAGGUCUCUGGCAAGAUAAAAACAGCUCUGAUCAUGACAACAAUGCACUGUAUGUAGACUAUUCAACACCAAAUUGCAAUAGAUACCACCAUUUAAGUGCCAAAAUCUAUUCUUGUGAGUUUAGCAGCGGCACAAACUGUUUGAAUUGUGAUCUUCCCCAAAAUAAUAGUGGAACUCAACGUCCCAUUAGCAUUGAUCUUCAGCAGGCGUCUCCCCCAGAACCCCCACUCCGCAGUAGAGCAAGCACUUUGCCCCUCAGGUCCCACUCAUUUUCUCACCAUUGGCAGCUGCAGGAGCACAGAAAGAAAGCAGAGCAGCCACUGACACCGGAUUGCUCACAUUCCUCACAUAACUCGUCCAAACCACAGACAGGCCCCUCUGUGGAACUAGUUGGAAUUCAGGAGAGACUGAGCUCUGGAGAAGAGAACGAGGAGUCAAACAGAAGAACAGGUGCUAACACCGUUCGCACCAGUGAUGGGAUAACCACACACUGCCCCGCAAACAAGCAUGGCUAUAGGGCUACAUUGAGGGAGAGGUCUUCAGGAAGUGAGGAGGACAGCCCUGCAGCGCAGGCUAACCACAACAAGGAAUUAAGACGUCGCUCACUAAGGAAAAAGAAGAAGAGCAGUUGCAGCCGAGAUAAUGAGGAGUCAGAUGACAGCGAUGACCAGCGUAUAAUGAUGGAGCACUUGGAAAGCUCCUAUGAUUCUCAGCCCAUGAGCCGCAGAAGUGAGGGCUCCCUAUCUAGAGGAUGUUUUUCAGGCCCGUCUUGGGCACGAAGUAACCUAUCUCCAUGUUCACAUGUAUCUAAGGACAGCUUUAGACAUCUAUAUAGAACUUUUGAGGGGCCAGCUGCAGCCAGUCCGGUUCCACAGGUGUCGCGGGUGUCAAAGGUCAACAUACCGUCAUUUAUAGCCAGUCCAUUGGGGUCAAGGAGUAGUAGCAGGUAUUCCAGCACAGAGACAUUAAAAGAAGAAGACCAGCCAGCCAACACCCAAACCACUGGUGGGGCCUCAUCAGCUGUUCUGAGUAAAACAUACCAUGGGAAUGCCACCAUGUACCGCUCACCCAGUUUUGGCCAUGGAGAUACCUUUUCUCGUGCCCAAGUUCGGAUUUAUCCUAGACUGAUGCCCAGCUUGAAUCCAGUCGGCUGUAAAAAAGGCACUAUAGAAAACAGGAUAUUCCCUCACUCUUUAAAUAAUGAGAAAGACAAGAAUAGGAUCUCCGUGUCAAACCCUGACAUUGCCUCAGAAACGCUGUCACUUCUUAGCUACCUUAACACAGAUCUGUCAGAGCUUAGAAUGAGAAAGAAAGGGCAAGAUGGUGAAGAUAAUCUAAACUCUGGGUUUCAGGGCACAUCAGUAUACAGGAUGGGCUCCAGGGCACAGCGGCCACACCUUGGACGGCCCUCUCUGAAAGACCUCACUGCUACUUUGAGGAGGGCAAAGUCAUUCACAUACUCUGAAAAGCCAGUAGUGCAGCGAUAUUAUGGAGGUGGGCCAGGUUUGAGGAGUUCCUCUGAGCAGCAGCUAGACUGUGAAGGUAUUGGAGAGCAGGUGGUAGUUCCUGAAAGGGAGGUGGAGAGUGAUGACUGUAGAAGUACCUACGGUUGCUAUGAGCCAAUACCAGCUUCUCUGCAAGACCACUAUGUGCUGGAAGCCACAAAGGUAAUAAGGGACAUCUGUCAAAUGGGUGAAAGUAAGGAAGAAGAGGAUUAUGAGGAAGAUAGUUUCAAGAGAAAAAAAGAUGAGGUCAAAGAAGACACUGAAUUAGAAAAUAAGGCAAAGCAAGAGGAGAGGAGACAUGAACAUACUGUUUUUGUGGGGUGUAAAGAAGGGGAAGCUGACAAAGAAAGUGGAAAAUGUUUACAGAAAGGAAAUUCAGAGGAGAAUGUGUUCUGUGAUAAAUUGUUGGAUGAGCUCUCUGGUCAUGAAUCUAGCCUGACAGAUGAAGGAAUUGUCACAGAGCCAGAGGUGGGGUUGUAUGUGGGGCUGUCCUGUGGUAAAGAUCUGUUAGGUCAAACACUCACCGUUUGGAAUCAGUCAGGGUUGUACGAGGAGCAUUUUCCUGAUACAACAUCAGAGGAAUCUCUUUCAUCUCAGGUUCCUUCUGUUAGGACAGAGUAUGAAGGAGUAGCCAGAGGAGGAGACAUGAGCAGCAGUAAAAAUGUAAACCAGGGGGCCUUAGAGGCUCCAUCUACUCCCAAUGCUAUUCGCAGGCGAAGGAAAUUCUCCUCAGUUUGCAACAAUGCCUCAGAAUCCAGCACUGGUAAUAAUAGAGAGUCAAAUGGUGAGUCUGCAUACCGCUCGUUGAGUGAUCCCAUGCCUCACAGAAGUUGUUUGGUUGCAGAAGACAGUGGAAAGAGCUUCUCUAUGGAUAGCAACCUGCUUGGUUCACUGUCUUUAAACUCCAAAGUGGGUGGUGGCAUGGAUUCCUCAGCAGUAGACCUAUCGGAAUAUACAGGCAGUGCUGCUAGUGACCUGUCCAUGUGUAGUGAAAAUCUGCGAGAUUACAGCAAUGUGAUUCAGAGUAUAGUUUGCGAACCUGGCACGAUGGACAAUCUUAUAGAUGAGAAAGCAAAUGGUAAGGCCGUGAAGAAAAAGAGCUUUAGUGACCCGAGCAGACGUGGCGAACUGGCAGACACAGUCCUAGAAUUUCAUAGGCACCCCAGUGAGCCAAUUAGCGAAUUAGAACAAUCUAUACUACCUUCUAGCAGUGAGCCCAUCUUAUCAGAGCAAAGAGAUGAGCUAUGGGCGCUAAACAGUGAACGACAGAUUUAUUGUCCCACCAGGAGGCCUCGUUUUCAAUCUGAGCAUGAUUUGCCAUCCCAUCUUGGUCAUAAUGGAGAAACAAAAGGGGCAGUUGAGCCCUCCUUUCCCUUUGACCCUAAGCUAGCUCAGGUUUUGUCUCCUCGCAUGAGUCGCAGAACCUCCAAGAAACGCUCAAACCGAUUUUCCCACCAGGUGUCUUGUGAUGAAGGGGAUCAUUUAGAGGAACAAGUUGAGGAGCCAUCUUCUGAGUACCACCCGAACUCCACAUCCAUCCUCCCUCAUCUUCCACCCCCAAAGGUUAGGUGCAAACAUGUGCGUCAUGCCAGUGAACCUGCCAUAUUUGUGCCAAUUAUUCCUUCAAAUACCCAGAUCUCCCAGGACCUUCAGAGGUCUAGUCAUAUCCCUGAGUCUCCACCACCCCUCAAAAUAGUCCAGGGAGAGGAUGCUCCAUCAUUACAGGAUGUCACUGAGCAAUACAUCCUGGCCCUUAACUCUCCAGAGGGCCCAGCAGAGUCCCCUACAGCCCCUGGUGGGAUCACACCAGAGGAAAGAACAUCAACACCCUCAGUGCCUAAUGUCACUGCUGAGCCACAACUAGAGAGGAAGUCUAGCGAGGAGCUCACCAAUGCCCCUCUGAAGGCCAAACCAAGAGUUGAUAUGAGAAAACAUGUCAUGAUGACACUACUGGACACAGAACAGUCUUAUGUUGAAUCUCUACGCACACUGAUUCAGGGCUACAUGAAACCCCUCAAGCAUCCAGAGAACUCUCCUCUCUGUGACCCGUCUCUGGUGGAUGAGAUGUUCGCGAUGAUCCCAGAGAUAUUUGAACAUCACGAGCAGUUUCUGGAACAGGUGGAGGACUGCGUAAACCAAUGGCACGACAAACAGACGGUCGGACACCUGCUCAUUCAGUCGUUUUCCAAAGAGAUCCUUGCCAAUAUUUAUUCAGCAUACAUAGACAACUUCAUGAACGCCAAAGAUGCAGUGAGAAUCGCCAAGGAGGCCAAACCUGCUUUCCUAAAGUUUCUAGAGCAAAGCAUGCGUGAGAACAAAGAGAAACAAGCUCUGGGUGAUCUGAUGAUAAAGCCAGUGCAGCGGAUUCCACGAUACGAGCUGCUAAUCAAGGAUCUUCUAAAGCACACUCCUGAGGAACACCCAGACUACUCGUUUCUACUGGAUGCUCAGAAGAACAUCAAACGAUUGGCCGAAAGGAUUAACAAGGGCCGACGCAGUGCAGAGGAGCUGGAGAGAGAGACACGCAUCAUGCAGGAGAUCGAAGCUCACAUAGAGGGCAUAGAACAUAUCCUGAAUCCCCAAAGGAAGUUUCUUAGACAAGAGAUGGUGGUAGAAGCGAAAACUGUAGGCGGUAAGAAGGACCGAUCUCUCUUCCUCUUCAGUGAUCUGCUCAUCUGCACCACUCUUAAGAAGAAGUCAGGAACUCUACGCAGAAGUUCCAUGAAUCUGUAUUCUGCUGCUAGUGUCAUUGACACCUCAAGUAAAUAUAAGUUCAUGUGGAAACUGCCUUUAGAAGACUUGGACGUUGUUAAAGGCUCUAAUCAAUCCACCAAUAGAGAGAACAUCCAGAAGACCAUCAGUCGUUUGGAUGAAGAUCUCAGCACACUUGGUCAGAUCAGCAAACUGUCAGAAACGCUUAGUUUUCCUCAUCAGAGCUUGGAUGAUGUGAUAAAGGAUCUGAUGGCGUCAGUUCAUCGUGAACUGGCUGAGAAGCAGUCUCUGGCCUUCAGCAUGACAUUAUUGCCCACUAAACUGGAGCUCAGCACUCCCUCUUCCGAGAACACCUUCAUAUUUGAGUUCAGCAGUCCUGAUGCUCGCAGUAACUUUGAGCAAGCGUUCGAGGAAGCCAAAAAGAAACUCGCCAUGAACAAGGACCAAUGGGAACCUGAGUUCCUGAAGGCCAUCCCCAUCAUGAAGACCCGCAGCGGGAUGCAGUUUUCCUGCGCCUCCCCGAGUCAUAGCUGUCCAGAGAACACAUAUGAGGUGUGGGUGUGUAACAGUGAUGGUUACGUGGGUCAGGUGUGUCUGUUAAACAUCCGUGAUGAGCCGACAGUGGAGGCCUGCAUCGCUGUCUGCUCAGCCCGCAUCAUCUGCAUCGCAGCCGUACCGGGCCUGAAGAACAGAGAACGAGUUGGCCAUUCCAACCCCUCCGUCCCGUCUGAGUCGAACCCUACAGUCUCUACUCAACCCCAGCUCCACAUCUCUAUCUCUGGCUCGUCUCUGGAGCUCAGCGAGCCCACUGUAGUGCCUGCAGCAGAACUCGUGCCCUUCGACAGCGAUGAUACGGAUGAUGAAGAAACUCCCAGUCCUUCAUCCACACUGCAGAGUCAAGCAUCCCAUUCCACAAUCUCCUCCAGCUUCGGCAAUAAUGAGGCAGCGGUGUCUAAAGACAUGGCCACAGAGACAACCAGCUCUGAAGAGGAGCAGGAGUUUCCUGUCCCCAGCUCGUAUGGCGCCCCUCGGCUAAGCGCGGACUGUCCCAUGGAUGGACGAGCCAUGCGGCGGUCUAGUCGAGGGUCUUUCACCAGAGCCAGCCUGGAUGACCUGCUCAGCCUCGACCCAGAGGCGUACCAGAGCUCCGUUUGGCUCGGGACCGAGGAUGGCUGUAUUCAUGUGUACCAGUCAUCAGACAACAUCAGGAACCGUAAGAACAGCAUGAAGAUGCAGCACACUGCUUCUAUCUUGUGUAUACUGUAUCUUGACAACAAAGUGUUUGUGUCUCUGGCAAACGGGGAGGUGAUAGUGUACCAUAGAGAAGCAGGAAGUUUCUGGGACCCUCAGAGCUCUCAGACGCUGUGUUUGGGAUCUUCAAGUGGACCCGUGACCAAAAUGGUUCCAGUGGCGGGAAAAUUGUGGUGUGGCUGUCAGAAUCGGGUUCUUAUCAUCAACACCAGCACAUUAACACAAGAGCACUCAUUUCAAGUGGGUCAGGACAGCGGGCGCAGUGUCACCAGUAUGGUGUGCUAUGGCAAAGGCGUGUGGAUCGCUCUGCAGGGCAGCGCUCAAGUGCGGCUGUAUCACGCCUACACCUACGAGAGCCUGACGGAGGUUGACGUGGCCCCAGCUGUGCACAAGAUGCUGGCAGGUUCUGAUGCUAUUAUCCGUCAGCACAAAGCAGCGUGUUUGCGGAUCACCGCUCUGUUAGCAUGCAAAGACCUGCUGUGGAUUGGGACCAGUGCAGGGGUGGUCCUGACUCUGGCUAUCCCACCCGUGUCCUCCAGCACUGGGCCAGGCACUGUGCGCACUCCCCUCGUCCCCAUGGGCUCCACUCACGGCCACACCGGACACGUCCGAUUCCUCACGUGCAUAGAGCUUCCCGAGGACUUCGACGUCAACUUCCCUCCUCAGUCAGAGUCAGUGAACUCCUCGCAGAACAACACUGAAAACAGCGCUGGAGGUUUGCAGAGAAGAGACUCCGCCCACCGGCGCGCCUCCACCCUCCUGCCAGUUAAAUCCAACCUGCUGGGUAUCAGUGGCGGCGACGGCUAUGAAGACUUCAGACUGACCAACAGCAGCGAGACAGUGGGGCGGGACGACAGCACCAACCACUUGCUGCUGUGGCGUGUGUAACAGAAGCCCCGCCUCUCCAAACAAGCCACUGGACUAGCUCACGCACUUCCCCCUGAAACCCUGCCAUUUCCUGUUCUCUGAUGCAUCUAAGACAUAAAAAAUGGGGUGUUCGUUUCUGUCAAGUUGUGAUAUUGGUCAAUGCUCUCUGUCAUUUAGUUUCUUGGUGUAAGAAAUCGAUCACGCUUGCCAAGUGGUGUUUCCUGUGAGUGCUUUAAAUAUUGUGUUAAACUCAUAGAAAACUUUAGAAACUGUGUUAAAAGAAGACAGAAAAAUUUAAGUAAGAAUUGACAGAAAAACAAGAGAGAAAGUAAAUUAACAUUGUAUAAGGAACAAUAAGUAGUUAAAGGAAUAGUUCACCCAAAAAUGAAAAUUCUCUCAUGAUCUACUCACCCUUAUGCCAGCCCAGAUGUGUGUGACUUUCUUUCAUCUGCUGAACACAAAUUCAUAUUUGUAGAAGAAUAUUUCAGCUGUUUUGGUCCAUUCAAUGCAAGUGAAUGGGUGCCAAACUUUUGGAGCUCCAAAAAUCACAUAAGUCAUUAUAAAAGUAAUCCAUAAGACUCCAGUGGUUAAAUCAAUGUCUUCAGAAGUGAUAUGAUAGAUGUGUGUGAGAAACACAUCACUUUCACAUUCUUCUUCUUGUGUUUUUUGGUGAUCCACGUUCUUCAUGCAUAUUGCCACUUACUGUGUGGGGAGAUCAAUUUCUAGCAAAAAAGGGAUAUACAGAUUGAUCUGUUUCUCACCCACUCCUAUCAUAUUGCUUCAUAAAAUAUGGUUUAAAACACUGGAGUCGUAUGGACUACUUUUAUGAUGCCUUUAUGUGCUUUUUAGUGCAUAAAAUUUUGGCACCCAUUCACUUGCAUUUUAAGGACCUACAGAGCUGCAAUAUUCUUCUAAAAAUCAUAAUUUGUGUUCUGCAAUGAAAGUCAUACACAUCUGGGAUGGCAUUAGUCUGAGUAAAUGAUGACAGAAUUUUCAUUUUUGGGUGAGCUGUUCUUUUAAUGUUUUUAUGAGAAAGGUCAAAGUUAUAGAUGGAUAGAAAGAGCAUUUGAAAUGCAUCACAGGAGGGAGGGUGGAUCCUGACAAAAGAAAAAAACACUUUUACAGUCAGAGUGUUCAACUACUGGUCUUUUUAGACUGUGAUUUCAUUCAAGAAUGAAGAUGUUUUUUUGUUAAACCUCUCAGUUGCGCCAUUCUGGACGAGAUGGGAGUUAAUCGUAAGUAAUCAAUGUGCAAUAUAUGGCUAGAGUACCUACAAACUGCUAUACAACACACAAACACUCACUGUUUAGCCGCACACACACACUUUACUACUCUCAGUAAUCAACAGACUCGCAGUCAGAGUUAUUAAACAUUUUGGUUUUAUUAUUUUGGUUAUCAAAUCAUUCUUUAUGUAUAAAAAAAAAAUGAUGUUUCACUACAUUAUGUAAAAGAACAGCAAUGACAUUCCAUUAUACUGUGUAGGUAUUGUGACAAAUUAUUUUGUACAGUAUUUAUGUUUUUUUUUUUGGUUUUUUUUUUUCAGUUUUAUUCGUAGCUAUUUUUUAUUAUUAUAAUUUUGUUUAGCACUUAAUUUAUAAAUAUGAUAGUCUGCCGUUUUCUCUACUGAAAGAUUUUGUCGCACAUCUAAAAUCUGAGUAAGUGAGGUCUUGUUUCUUGAGUUCGUUUCAAAAAAUUUAAAUGUAAACAAUAUUCCAGCGGAUCUCACAAAAGAAUUCAUAUUUCAUCCCAAAAUUACAAGAGAAAAUACUACAUUUUAUUUUGCAUAAAGAAAAUUCAAAUAAAAUAAAAAGUCACAAUACAAAAGUAAUCUUAAUGGUUCUAAGGUGUGCUUAAUUUUCUUGAUGCAAAAUAUGUGAAAUAAUGUCUUUCCUCAUUUUGAGGUCAAAUAUCAAAUAUGGCCUGGACAUUUCUUGACAGAUUUUGUGAGAUUCACCUUAUGACAGCUUUGUUGGUUAUCAAUGUUUUUUUUUUUUCCAGGAAAGGGAAUUGGGAAGGAUACUGGUAAAUAAAUUGUCCACUGGGUCAUGUUACAAUACAUAAUGCUGAUUUGAUGUGUAGAGUUUGAGUUCGAGAGAGACAAUCUGUGCUUGAUUAUUAAUGUGUCUUCAUUUAGAUUAUGACGCAUAGAAAAGACAUACAGGUUACGGCCUUUCCAUUCAUUGUGGAGAGGGAAUUAACUGCUAUACCGCUCCGCUUGCACCUCAUGCCAACAGUUUGAUUGAUUUCCUGUGAAAUGAGCCAUUUCAGCUGCCUUGGUUGAUCUUGUAAGAGCCGAACGUCUGAAAGAUGUAGUCAGUCACAAACACCCCCCAAAUGUGCGCUCACCUUAAUCCACAAUCCACUGAAUUCCCUGUGAUUUCAUUAGGAUGCAUGUGAGGUCAUGUGAUUUGCUCCAAGGAAAUAUACAGGCAUCAUUUCAAGGCUUCAGUUUGUUUGUAGACAUGAAUGUUAGUGCCAAGAACUUGUGGUCUAAUUCUUUACCUGCAGGAAGAAACUGUCAAAGCAUUUCUGCUACUAUUGAAAAUAAGAAUCGCCUUUGCCUUAUUAUAUACAAGAUCCACAAAGAAUCAUAUUUUCUUAAAGUCUGCAUUGCAUAGUUUUGUUUUUUAAUCAAAUAGCCAAAUCAAAUCGAGUUGAGACUGUUGUAAGUAACCCUCUAUUCCCUUUCUAGUGAAAAACGUCCUCUGUGUUUAUUGUAAAUAUUGGUAUAUAUUGCCUUUUCUCUGUACAUAGUGCUCUCACUGUCCACGAGUAUUCAAAUGAAUCUAAUGGCUUAUUUUUUACAAGUAUUGUGUCUGUUGUUUUUUUCCUCAUUUGGCAUGUGCCAUCUCAUUUAAAUUAAAACUAUUACAGGAUUUUAAAAGAAGAAAAGAAAACCAGCUGUAACAGUCGACGUGCUCAUUUCACAUCGUUUUCCUGUUACAUGUCAUAUUUUGCCACUGUGGGUUUCUUUGUAAUUAAACAUUUCACUGAUGACAGAGUCAAAC